GUUAUAUGUGUCUGCUGAAUUCCGUCCGUGUGGGAGCAACAAUCAUAUCCAAAAUGGAGACCGUAAAUGCUGGACAUAUGAUGAGCUUAGCUGCUCUACAGAGGCAAGAUCCAUACAUAAACAAAUUGCUCGAUGUUACCGGCCAGGUGGCUCUAUAUAACUUCAACUCCAAGGCGAAUGAGUGGGAGAAGACUGAAAUCGAGGGCACCCUGUUUGUUUAUACAAGGUCUGCUUCCCCUCACCAUGGCUUCACCAUCAUGAAUCGACUGAGCACGGAGAACCUUGUAGAGCCAAUCAAUAAAGACCUGGAGUUUCAGCUACAGGAUCCAUUCUUGCUCUACAGAAAUGGCAACUUGGGUAUCUAUAGUAUUUGGUUCUAUGACAAGAAGGAUUGUCAACGCAUCGCUCAGCUCAUGGUCAAGAUUGUGAAACAAGAAGCAGACCAUGCCCAGAAAAAGUCACCUGAGAGGGCAGAGCCGGGGAGAACCAAUGGAGUCGCAGAACCCCGCAGCAUCGAUAUCUUGGAGCUGCUCAGCAAAGCCAAGGAAGAAUACCAGAGGUCCCAAGGAGGUGAAACAGAUGUGUCCAUUGAACAGACAGCAAAAGCAGCUGCCAGCACUACAGAUCCCCACAUCACACCGCAGCCUGAAAAGCAGAGCUCUCACCCCGUGGUAAAGCAGAUCACAGUGGAGGAGCUCUUUGGUUCGUCUCUCCCUAAGGACCCCUCUCUACCAACCAUGCCCACGCAGAGCAACACUGUUUCCAGUGACCCCUCCGCUGCCUAUGUCCACAAACAACCGUAUCCUGCUCCACCUCCACAAAGCACUCUCCUCAUUCACCAACAUGCAGCCCAAGACCCUGGUUCCAACCAGAGGAAUCAAGCCCCCGGUCUGCUCCCUGCUCCAUAUGCACUACACCCAAGUCCUGUAUUCCAGUCAGUGAUCCAAAGGUCAGACCCUCAGCUACACUCCUCAGUGUCCCCACUCAUAGUGCCUUCAGCUGCUCCUCCUGGUACCGCAGGACCUCCAACUGCUCAAACAUCCUAUAUGGGUCAGGACAUCCUCGCCACACUCAAACCGGCAGCACCUUCUGUAAAUUCAGACCACCACAAACCCAUCCUCGCACCCAACUUCCUGCCAAGCACAUUGGUCCCACCCCACAGCUUCCGAGAGCCUAUGGGAAAACCCCUUCUCCAACACGGAAAGGACGUGGAUGUUUUCUCUCAGUCUCCAAAUCUGAUUAAACAAAUAUCUGCUGUCCCCAUGAGUCCAAGUCUUGCUGUUCCAGGAUCAGGGGUUUCUGUGCUGCUUUCCCCCAGUGCCUUCCAGCAGUCCCUCAAUAAGACACCGGCAGCAACGUCAAUGGUCCCUCCUGCACCCACUGAGCCCACCUCAGCCUCUGGAGGAGCUAAAGAACCUGUAGCAUCCCCCUGCAGUAAAGCACAGCUACAGGAGACUCUGAUACACCUCAUUAAGAAUGACCCAGACUUCCUUGGUGCCAUUCAUGAUGCUUACCUGCAGAGCCUAUCCAAGGACUUUGGCAACGUAAAACUAUAGUCCUACUUCAUCCAUCACCACUCUUUUAGUGCUCCGACCUCAUCAGGAUCAAUAAAGAUACACACAAUUAAUGGAGAAGUUAAAAAAAAAAAAAAAAAA